AUAUAUCAGCGUAUUGUGUAAAAUAGGUUAGGGUCUCAAAUACGCGCGUAAACAUUGCUGUUGUGACGUUGAUAAUUCAGUAAUUGUUUUACUUGGUGCUAUUCUCCGAGAUAGGUGUAAGAUAAUCGCGAAGUCUCAAGCGAAAUGGAUAAAAUGGAGAUGGACGCUACAGAAACAGACGCAGCCUCGAAUUCUUUUGUGUUCUCAAAACCGAGUACUGAAUUUGAUCUUCCAAGAGUUAUUAAUUUCGGCGUAGGAUCAGAUCAUGUGUUUGACACUCAAUUCAGUAAGAAGAAUAUGUUUACAUUUGCUGCACCCACGAUAGUGUCACAAUACAAUAAAAGCCGCAUAGGUGGUUUACGUAAUGAAAAUAGAGAUGGGCGCAGUAUAUUAGAGCAAUGGACGUAUAAAUCUAACAGACAUAAACCAAGAAUUUCUAGAACUACAUACAAGCCUAUCAAUGUAUUUGCUAAUGCCCUUAAAGACACAGGAGCAUUUGAACAGUUGCAAAAGAAUUCCAGGUCACGUAUCACUAAAGUCAAUGUUAACAAUUCAAUAACAUGUUCCAACGUGCCAAAAUCUUUACUAACUAAAACAGCAGCGAAGGAAUACUUUGUCAAGUAUGGAAAAAUCAUAAAGAUAACUAUUCGUCCGAAGAAACACAUAAUCACGGUGAUUUACUCGACAAAAAUAGAAGCAAGCGCUGCAUAUUACGGUGGUGGUAAUCACAAAGACGAAAAGUUUGACAUAGAAUGGACAAAGCUGGAAUCAGCAGCUAAGAGGACAAUCAAGAAGAAGGAAUUGCACCACGAUAUAGUGACAAAUCUACUUAAGGCAUCCGACGAUGAGAUUAAAUCAGAAUUGGAAGCCAUGGCGAACAUGGAGUAUAAUUUGCAUCCUACCAAAGGAAACGAGGUGUCUAGUGUAAGUAUGUUAUUUCCUAUAAAAGCCAAAGCCCUGAGUGGUAAAACAACAUUGUCGCACGAGAAAGCUAUAAAAUUAGAGAAGGUUACUACAAAAAUGGAGAAGCAUGAUACUGAGAGUCAGAUAACUAAAUCUUUGCCUAGUAAAUCUAUUGAAGAGCUGCAGAAUAUAAUACACCAAAUUGCUCUUACGGCCGAAGACAAGUACAAAGUGUUGGAGGCUAGAGACCGUCUCAUGAGAGUGAAACGAGCCAAGCCAGCUUCGCUCGCGACAGUAACCAAUGGUACUUGUCCUGAUAUGUGCCCUGAGAAGGAACGUCUGAUGCGUGAGUCUCAAAGGCAAGUCGCUUCGUAUGAACAGCUGGAAGGAAACGAGUAUAGAAUAAAUCAUGCGAUUGCUGUAAAGCAAUAUUCGAGAUCUUCCGCAGAUCAGGAAGAACCGAUGCCCCAUGAAUUAAGACCGGUAAAAUCUUUGAAGAUGACCAUGAGCUACUUACUUCACGAAUUGAUGGAUCUUUGUGAGCAGGAAGGCACAAAUCUAGCCGAAUGGUAUCACUUUCUCUGGGAUAGGACGAGAGGAAUUAGAAAGGAUAUUACACAGCAGGAACUAUGUUGCAAGGAGAGCGUUGAAUUGAUCGAGCAGUGUGCUAGGUUUCACAUAGUAUGCUCCGAGAGACUCUGUGCAGAGGAUGCGUCUGUAUUUGAUAAGAAGAUUAAUUCGGAGAACUUGACUAAGUGUUUGCAGACUUUGAAGUACAUGUACCACGAUUUGAGAGUAAAAGGUAUCACCUGCAAAAACGAGCCUGAAUUCAGGGCGUAUAUUGUACUGUUAAAUUUGAACAAUGGUAACUUCCUAUACGACUUGCAGCAGCUACCAACGUCCGUGCAAAAUUCACCAGAAGUCCAAUUUGCGAUCAGAAUAUACUUUUCAUUAGACUCGAAUAACUAUUACAAAUUUUUUAAGCUUGUUCAAAAGACGACUUACUUGAACGCUUGCAUCCUGUUAAGAUAUUUCAAUCAAAUUAGAUUGAGAGCUCUUUCGGUAAUGGUGAAGGCAUACUGUAGAAGUACCUCAACCGCUUUUCCAUUAUAUGAAUUAAUAGACAUCCUCGGCUUUGAGAAUGAAACCGAAGCUAUAUAUUUCUGCAAACAAGCGGGAUUGAAUCUAUCGAACGACGGGAUGUCCAUUCUCCUGAAUCGUCAACGUUUUAAUAUGCCCGCCGCGAGUAUCCCGCAGGGUAGAGCUUUUAAUUUAAUAGAAUCCAAGAGAAUCGUCUUAAAAUUUAGUAUCGGGCAAUGCAUCGCCGGUAAAAAAAUGCCAGAGAAGACUUACAAGAAUCAUAAACCACAUAACAGUUUUGACGCACACGGUUAUUUAAUGCCUGAGUCGAUCAACGCCGCGGACCAAACUGCUGAUGGUUCUUCCGCAGAACGGUACGAUCCAUAUGAAUUUGUAGAAAAGGAGACAAAGAGGAUAGCAAAGUUGACAUCAAUCCGGAAUAAAGAUCAGAAAGCUGCAAAGGAUCUUCGACCUGUGCAAACUCCAACGGCAAAACAGCCAAAAAAUGCGAACAAUGAAAUGAACGCAUUUAAACACACGUCAAUUUCCGAAUCAGUCAGUUCAGAGGUUUCUAAAACGUCGACACCGGAUAUAUUCGAACACAAGCCAAAAGAAUCGAAUGUAUUUAUUGAGAACAAAAUUCAAGUUAGCGCAUCGAUUAAAGUAGCUUCCGAAAAACGUUCUGAUAGGACAAGUGCGACUAGUAAACGUGAAGACACUAAUAACGAUAAACUACAACCAGCAGUAUUUGGUAGUAGCAGUACUGUCGGUAAUAAUUUAUUUGUGGGCAGCCCUUCGGUGUUCUCCACACUGGGAACAUCACGAAAUGCAGAACCAGUUCCGCCGUUUGCGAUGGCCGUAAAUAAAAGCAUCUUCUCCGGGAUAGACUCGGAAAAUUUAUUCAGAAACGUUACACCUUCAUCCUCCAUAUUUAUUAACAAUUUACCCGUACCAGUUUCUGUUCAACAGUCAGUCUUUGCGAAUGUUGCGAAUAAAACGACGAAGACGCAAAGUGUCUUCCAAAAACAGGAAGAGAAGACCCAGGAGGAAGCGAUAUCGAAGGCUGAGAAAGUGAAGCUAGAGAAGCUGGAAUACGCGAGGAGAAUACAACGAAUCGAGGAGCAGUCGGAAGAGAUUUACAAUAGCUUGUAUGUAGAAGUUACGAAUGAGUUUUGCUCUAUCAUUGCAAAACAAGAAAUCGACAGGAUACAGAUGUAUGACACAUUGAGCGAGAGAAUCCUUUCAGACAUGAUCGGCGAAGUAACUCUCCAGAUUUGCGAUACAACAUUGAUUGCGGAGAUCGAGCAGGAAAGGAAGUUGCAAGCGAUGUCACUGCGAAUUAAGAAUCGAGUGAUCGCCAAGUACGUAAACAUUUGGAAGCGGUACGUAUUGAGAAAGAAGCGACAAAGAGCGGCGUUGGAAAACACGCCGGUUUGGUUGCAGAGGCAUUCCGUGGAGGAAACCGCACGGAUGCUGUAUACCAAAGAACAAGAAGUGGUGAUGCGGAAUAUGUGUAAACGACGAGGCGAAUCGGAGGACCACACAGUUUCCAGAGCGACGGAGACUCUUGCGCCUAUCGAAAUUAUCGUGUAUGCCGGUAUCAAAGAGAAUAUACGAUCGUUAGACCUCGAAUCCUUGCCUAACGUAUACUGGAAACUCGUCAUCUCCUGGCCGGACUUGGCCAACAAAGCGGUUUUGUGGUAUUACAAGAAGGUGAUGAACGAAUACUUGAAUCCCGACGAUUUUACGAUGGAUCCUAUCGUGAAGAUUUACCGGCCAAAUCCCUAUGAAACUUUGCACGUCUGCAUAAGGCAUUUCGAGGGUCUGAUCAGCGAACAUCACUUGGUCGGUGCCGACGCACUUCUCUUUAUCGCUGACGCCUCGGAGAAUUACAGAUCUGUCGCGAAACGUUUAACGAAGACCAUAUUGUCGCGGCACAAGUUAAUGCCUAUGCCACUCGCCUUUAUCGUCUUGGGUAACGGAAACUUGGAAAAUCAGAAUAAUAGCAUCGUCUUGGAUUUGGAGUCUUUUCUGGAAUCUGGCUACGUAUCGGAAUAUACAAUCAUGUACGAGGAGAAUCUGUCCGCAAAAAUUAUCUUAAAUUUGAUGCAAAGCGCAGUUUUAUGGUUGACGAUGAACAAAUCGCCAUCGAAUCCGCUGGAAAUGGAUUAUCUGUUUAACGUAUACGACAUAUGUUUGUCCGAAGAGUUAUGGUUGAGGAUACUGGGUGAUUCUAUGUACAAUAAAAAAUUGUCAGACGCAUUAACGGACCCAAAUUUUGUAAUUGAUUUGCACAAUGAGGCUGUAAAUCACUUGAUAGACAUAAUCUUAGAUCCAGAAUCCAUGUUGUAUACAAAUUUUGCACCCGAGUUAAAGAAAUUUCUCAAGAACAGCGGCACUAUGCCAUGCAGUUACGAAUAUUUUGAUGAAUCGUGGAAACAAGAUGAAUACAGAGCAAAAUUAGAAACCGCGAUGAACAGUUUUGUGCUACCACCGUGGAAUUCACCGUGGCCAAUAACAGACAUACAAGAUCUACGACAACAUAUUAUGAAUUAUUGCAGGGAGGUGUUGUCCGAUUCGAAUUGUAAUAUUAUUUUUUGCGAUAUAUUGAGCAACUUGUUCCUCACCUCGGGCAGUUUACAAGUAUCCAACUUUGUACAUGUACUACUAUAUAUGAUCAAAGAGAAGAUACGUCUUCUGGACGAAGAUCAAAUAGUCAUUUAUAACAGAAAUCAUAUCAAGCAUUUCCAAACAUUACCGUGGUGGUUCAAAUCCAAUGUACUGACAGAAUUCAUGUUGCACGGAUCAAGCUCGGAUGAUAACAUCGCGUUAAAUGAACCGAGGAGGAAGCGAAAGAAACUCGAUAAAUCGGAAAAUAAUUUGGAUGAUGCAUUAGAUGAGGAAUUUGGAUUACUAGCAGAGUUUUGCGAGAGCACUAAGUCUCGUGUCAUGGAAGUGCAUUCUGUGUCUAUAGAGGUAGAGAACCGCUUGCAGGCGCAACAAUUAGAAAACGCGUUGUUGGAAGACAAACUGAAGAACGCUUUACUUGAUGAGAUGGACUUAACAGAGGAAGGUGCAUAA